GCGGGGGCCGGCCCCGGGGCGGGUCUGGAGGCCCGGGCCGGGCCCUGGGACUUCAGGCCCGGAAGCAGUGGCCGGCUGCCCGCGUCCCUGUCGUGGGUCCGCGAUGGACGAAGCCGAUCGGCAGACCCUGCGGCGGUGCCGGGUACAACUGGUUCGUGAACUGCAGGUAGAUUCGCUCUGGGACCCUCUGCUGAACCACGAGCUCUUCACCCCCGACAUGAUCGAGGACAUCCAGCAGCAUGCAGGUUCUCGGCGCGAUCAAGCUAGACAGCUGAUCACAGAUCUGGAGACCCGAGGGAGUCAGGCCCUUCCUUUGUUCAUCUCCUGCCUGGAAGACACAGGCCAGAACAAACUGGCCACCUCCUUGAGAAACAGCCGCCAGUCAUCAGCGAGGAAUCCUGAGACCAUCCGACCCCUGGACCCUGGGCCUCGGGUGCUUGAACCUAUCAAACUCAAGUCUGAGGUGCUCAGGCCAGUGGACCUUGGUCCUAGAGGAAUCAGUGAUGCCCGUGUGCCUGAUAAAUCGAGGGGAGAUGCCAAUUUGGUCUAUGUGCUGAAUGCAGACCCAUGCGGCCACUGCCUCAUCAUCAACAACGUGAACUUCCUCCCGGAGUCCCGGCUCCAAACCCGCGCUGGCUCCAACAUCGACUGUGAGAAGCUACGCAGACGCUUCGACUGGCUGUGUUUCCAAGUGGACGUGAAGUGUGACCUCACAGCCAAGCAGAUGGAGCUGGCGUUGAUGGAGCUGGCGCAGCGCGACCACCGAGCUCUGGACUGCUGCGCAGUGGCUGUCCUCUCUCACGGCUGUCAGGCUAGCCACCGCCAGUUCCCGGGGGCCGUCUACGGUACAGAUGGGUGUUCUUUGUCUGUGGAGAGAAUCGUGAACAUCUUCAACGGAGCUGUCUGCCCCAGCUUGGGAGGGAAGCCCAAGCUCUUCUUCUUCCAAGCCUGUGGCGGGGAGCAGAAAGACUAUGGGUUCCAUGUGGACUCCACGUCCCCCGAAGACAGAUCCCCUGGUGGUGACUCUGAGGCCGAUGCUGCCCCAUUCCAGGACGACGCAGGGACCUUCGACCAGCCCGAUGCCGUGUCCAGUUUGCCCACGCCCAGCGACAUCUUUGUGUCCUACUCCACCUUCCCAGGCUUCGUCUCCUGGAGGAACACCAGGAGCGGGUCCUGGUACGUGGAGACCCUGGACAGCGUCUUUGAGCAGUGGGCGCCCUUGGAAGACCUGCAGACGCUCCUGCUCCGGGUCGCAGAUGCUGUGUCGGAGAAAGGGGUUUACAAACAGAUUCCUGGCUGUUUCAAUUUCCUCCGGAAAAGACUUUUCUUUAAAACAAAAUGAGGCCAGGAUCCUCCACCUGCCUGCGUUUCUUCUACCCCAGACCUUCCUAUUUUAGGCCGUGGGAGGCGGGAUGUCCCCACAAUUGAGCAAAUGCCAAAAAUUGCUAUUUUGCUCUCUGAUGGAUUCGGAGCCCGUGGAGGGUCUGCUUGUACCCGGUGGGGCUGCCACAGGCCUUUCGUGGCAUCCCAGCGAUGGAGGAAGAAGAGGAGUGGAGCAUUGUCUUGCACAGAGCGCCUCAGCCCCAGCCCCCGGACUCUGGGGCCACUCUUUGCUCUGGCCAGCCUGGCACUGCUGGUGUCUGUAGAGCCUUUACCCACUGGAUGCCAUGGCACAGUUCGAGUCGUGCUGACUGAAAGGUCUUUGGAUGUUGCCACUUUUCCCCUGGGAGGCAGGGUCCCCCACUGGAGAACCACCGGAUUUUCUCUAGAUAAAUCUAGCUUCAGACAAACCAGCUACUCUCUUCAGUCAGCAGGUCUGGAGCAGGGAGUCUGGAUAGCUGGAAUCUGUGAGGUUUUAAAAACAACUCAUUUUCCCAGAUUGUGUGUGUAUGUAAACAUACACAUACAUAUACAUGUGUAUAUAUAUACAUAUAUAUAUACACACACACACACACAUACAUAUACCAGUGGUGCUCAGGCCUUAUUCCUAGCUCUGUGCUCAAGGCUCACUACUGGCAGUGCUCAGGGGGCCAUAUAUGGUACUGGGAUCUAACUGGACUCAGCUGCAAGCAAGGCAAGCUCCUUAGCCUCUGUACUAUUUUUCUCUGGCUCCCCAAGUAUUGCAAUGUUCUUUAAAAAUAAACUGUAGAUGAUUACAAGUUCU